AUGGCCCGUACCAAGCAGACCGCCCGCAAAUCUACUGGAGGGAAGGCUCCCCGCAAGCAGUUGGCCACCAAGGCUGCCAGGAAGAGCGCCCCAGCCACCGGCGGAGUCAAGAAGCCUCAUCGCUAUCGGCCCGGGACAGUGGCUCUCAGGGAGAUCCGACGCUAUCAGAAAUCCACCGAGCUCCUCAUCCGCAAGCUGCCCUUCCAGCGCCUGGUCCGUGAGAUCGCCCAGGACUUCAAGACCGAUCUGCGCUUCCAGAGCUCUGCGGUCAUGGCGCUGCAGGAGGCCAGCGAGGCUUAUCUAGUGGGGCUCUUCGAAGACACCAACUUGUGUGCUAUCCACGCCAAGAGAGUCACCAUCAUGCCCAAGGACAUCCAGCUGGCCCGCAGGAUCCGCGGGGAGAGAGCUUAGACCCACCGCACACCCUAAUAUUCACCCAAAGGCUCUUUUAAGAGCCACCAAAUUGUCUCUUCAACGAGCUGCACUGCUAUUUUAAAUCUCUCCCACCGAAACCUUUUUUCUACUUCAAUGUAUAUAGUUCGCGCAACCUCAAUGGUUAGUCAGGAAAUUCACUUGCUUUAUUUUAGACCGCACAUACAAUCUUACUAUUCUCUCAGCUAAAGACUUCAGCUUUAUAUUACCUAAGUGCCAUUGUUGUUUCACAAACCAUACUUUUUUUUUUAUUGACAAAUCUAGUUUUUAAACUACACUAAUCAUGAUCCCUUCACAAUAUAGUUCACCACUCAUACCUGUCGGUAUCUUGCAUUGUGAUAACUAUUGAUAACGGCUGAAAAGAGCCAACAGAUUUUCACUUUAAUCUGCUGCUAUCUCUUUAUAUACUUUCUGUAUUUACAUAUAUUUUUAGAUUUACAGGUUGGUACCCCCUGACAUGAGGUUUUUUUUUUUUUUUUUGUAUACUUACAGCAGCUUCUUUGCUCAUGUGCUGCACAAUGCAAUAGGUGUAACACUGUUGCAAGAGGCACCUCAAACACAUGGGCGUAAUGAUCAAGCUUUUCUGUAAUUUGAUUAUAUAUUAAACACAAAU